CGACUCCAUCUUCAAUCCCUUGUCACCACCCUCAUCAACACCACGACGGUCUCCAUCUCCAACUCGCCGUCGUGCCUCUACCCUCCGAAGCUAAACUAAUCGCCCCCCUUCACAGCCACCACCAUGUCCGACGGCCAGGUCCUCAAGCCUGACAAGGACUUCUCUAAGGAAGUUGACAAACAGCUUCCUGAAGCAGAGUCGCUGGCUCUGACGAAUGUGCAAGGAGCUAUUGAGAAGCUCACUGUAUUAGAGAAACAGACCAGACAGGCUUCAGAUCUAGCAUCAACGUCUCGAAUCCUCAUCGCAAUAGUCACAAUCUGCAAGGAUUCGGGCGAUUGGAGCCUGCUAAAUGAGCAGGUCCUGCUGCUUUCCAAGAAGCAUGGCCAACUCAAACAAGCUGUCACGAAGAUGGUGCAGGUAGUGAUGGGUUUCCUGGAUUCGACGCCAAACCUGGAAACAAAGUUAUCUGUCAUUGAAACACUGCGAACCGUCACCGAAGGCAAAAUAUUUGUCGAAGUUGAGCGAGCGCGUGUAACGAAGAUCCUCUCGGACAUCAAGAAGGGGCAAGGCGACCUGAAGGGGGCUAUGGAUAUCUUGUGUGAACUUCAGGUUGAAACCUUUGGAUCUAUGGAGAGGCGAGAAAAGACAGAAUUUAUUCUGGCACAAGUCGCGUUAUGCAUAGAGAAUGAAGACUGGACACAAGCUGGCAUUCUGAGCAGGAAGAUCAGCACGAAGUAUCUUUCGCGAAAGCCAAAGAAGUCACCAGAGGAGAUUGAGAAGGAAAAGGCGGCACGUGAGAAGAGGAGGGAGAAGGGUGAGGAGGUGCCAGAGCCAGUGGAGGAUGAUGUCACGGAUUUGAAGCUGCAAUACUACGAGCAGCAAAUCACGUUGGCGAAGCAUGAUGACAAGUAUCUGGACGCGUGCAAGCAUUAUAGGCAAGUCCUGGAUACCGAGUUAGUUGAGGAAGAUCCUGCCAAGCUCCAACCAUGUCUGCAAAGAAUCAUCUACUAUGUCAUCCUCGCUCCGUACGACAACGAACAAUCCGAUCUCCUCCACCGAAUCCACAGAGAUGCACGCAUUUCACAGAUUCCCCUCGAUGCUCAACUACUUAAGCUCUUUACAGUGCACGAACUCAUGCGAUGGCCUGAAGUAGCCAAGCUCUUCGGCCCUCAUCUCUGCAGCACCGAUGUUUUCGACGCUGCUCCCGGCCAAUCUGCAGAUCCCAAGGCAUACAAGCGAUGGGAAGAUCUUCGCAAGCGUGUCAUUGAGCACAACGUCCGCGUCGUGGCCAAAUACUACACUCGCAUCCAGAUGCCGCGUCUAACCCAACUGCUCGACUUGACAGAGGACGAGACUGAAAAAUACAUCAGCGAACUGGUAACUGCCAAGACAGUAUAUGCGAAGAUCGACCGCCCAGCGCGGAUUGUGAACUUUGCCAAGCCGAGAGAUGCGGAUGAUGUGUUGAACGAGUGGAGCGGGAAUAUGAAGAGUUUGCUUGGGUUGCUAGAGCGGAUUGAUCACUUGAUCACUAAGGAGGAAAUGAUGGCCAGAAUCCAACCAACCAAGCCAGCAAAGGCGCCGAAGGCGAAGACUGAGGCUGGGAAGGCGCAGUAGAGGGCGGGAAAUUGCCUGAUAAUACAUAGUAUUUCUAAUAUUCUAUGUUGCGGCGCUCUGUAUACUAGUCUACUUUCUAGAUUUUCUCAUGCAAAUCCCAAAAAAAUGGUGCCUGAGAUCUACAACUCAUGUCUCUCUCUCAUGUAUGUUCGUGACGCGGAACGGCAUGCUACACAGGAUUCCACUCAUCAUAAAGGCAUAUCCACAUCUUCCAGCUUCUCUUCCUGCUUCACCUCAAGACACUGCCUAAUAAAGCCGACGAGCACCGCACCCCACUCCUUGCUCACGGGCACGAAAUGGCCGCCGGGGUGGUACACCGUCUUCCCCGUACCCUCCUCACACGCCGCAACCAACUCCAAGCUACGGCUCUCUUCAACCACA